AUGCAUACUGGCGAGAAACCGUACACAUGUGAUGUAUGCGACAAGUCAUUCUCUCUGAUUAGCAGUUUGACGGCACAUCGACGAACGCACACUGGUGAAAAACCGUACGCAUGUGACGUAUGCGAAAUGUCUUUCUCUCAAAGUGGCAAAUUGACGGCACAUCGACGCACGCACACUGGCGACAAACCGUACGCUUGUGAUGUAUGCGACAAGUCGUUCUCUGUAAGUAGCAGUUUGACGUCACAUCGACGAACGCACACUGGUGAAAAACCGUACACAUGUGAUGUAUGCGACAAGUCAUUCUCUGUGAGUAGCACUUUGACGGCACAUCGACGAACGCACACUGGCGAAAAACCGUACGCAUGCGACGUAUGCGUAAUGUCUUUCACUACAAGUGGCUCAUUGACGGCACAUCGACGCACGCACACUGGUGAAAAACCGUACGCAUGCGACGUAUGCGUAAUGUCUUUCUCUCAAAGUAGCCAAUUGACGGCACAUCGACGCACACACACUGGCGAAAAACCGUACGCAUGCGAUGUAUGUGACAUGUCGUUCUCUGUGAGUAGCACUUUGACGGCACAUCGACGAACGCACACUGGCGAAAAACCGUACGCAUGCGACGUAUGCGUAAUGUCUUUCACUAAAAGUUGCUCAUUGACGGCACAUCGACGCACGCACACUGGUGAAAAACCGUACAACUGUGAUGAAUGCGACAAGUCAUUCGGUGAAAGUGGCAGUUUGAAGAGACAUCGACGAACGCACACUGGUGAAAAACCGUACGCAUGCGACGUAUGCGACAAGUCUUUCUCUGUGAGUAGCAAUUUGACGGCACAUCGACGAACGCACACUAGCGAAAAACCGUAUCGAAUGCGAUGAAUGCGACAAGUAUUUCACUCAAAUUGGC